AUGCUUUGGGGACUACUGGUUCUCCUGUGUAGCAUCCUGCACAGCUCAGAUCAGAACCAUUUGGGUCAUUCAGGCAACUUACGAGGUUUUCACAGGGAAGUAGCACCAGAAAGAGAAACCAAUUCUAGAAGUCUAGAUGAUCCCCGUCUUCAUCACACAGCUGCGAACAAGGGCUCCUGUUCCACUUGGGGCACUGGGCAUUUCUCGACCUUUGACAAAAAGUUGUUUGAUUUCUCUGGGACUUGCAAUUAUAUCUUUGCCACGGUGUGCAAUGACGUCUCCCCAGACUUCAACAUACAAUUUCGUCGAGGUCCAAACAAAAAAUUGGGAAGAAUCAUCAUGGCAGUAGGACCUAUUGUGGUCAUAAAUGAAAAAGGUGUCCUUUCGAUCAAAGAUGUUGGUAUGAUCAACUUGCCAUAUACCGGAAAUGGAAUUCACAUUGAAGCUUUUGGACGCCUCACCUGCCUAGUGGCCAAGCUGAUGGAGAUUGAGCUUGCUGUUUUCUGGGACAAUGAUGACUACCUCAUGCUUUUGAUUGAGCAGAAAUACAUGAACAAAACAUGUGGGCUGUGUGGGAACUUUGAUGGGAACGAAUCAAAUGAGUUUCUCAGUGAUGGUAAACUUCUGGACCCACAAAAAUAUGCUGCCUUACAAAAAAUUGAUGAUCCUUCAGAGAUCUGUCCAUUUCAGCAGCUGACAGUUCCUAACGUCCCUCGCAGGAAAUAUGCCAAGAUCUGCUCACAGCUUCUAAGUAUUGUGUCUCCAACUUGCAAUAUCUCAAGGAAAGGGUUCGUCAUGCGUUGCCAACUGGACAUGCAAGAGUGUAGCGAUCCAGGACAGAACAACUGCACUUGUGCUACCCUGUCAGAAUAUUCCAGACAGUGUGCCAUGUCCCUACAGCAAGUGUCUGAUUGGAGGAGCAAUGAAUUCUGCUCUCUUGGAAAAUGUCCAGCUAACCAAAUCUACAAGGAGUGUAGUUCUCCCUGUCUCAGGACAUGUUCCAAUCCAGAAUACAGCUGCUCCAGCUACUGUAUAUAUGGCUGCUUCUGCCCAGAAGGUACCGUUUUAGAUGAUAUUUCAAGUAACCAAACAUGCGUUCCUGUUGAACAGUGUCCAUGCACACUGAAUGGGGAAAAAUAUGCUCCUGGUGAUGUGAUGAAAGCAACAUGUAGAAGCUGUACAUGUACGAUGGGCCAAUGGAACUGUAAAGAACUACCGUGUCCUGGCAGAUGUUCCUUGGAGGGAGGUUCAUUUGUCACCACCUUUGACUCUAGGCGAUACCGUUUCCAUGGAGUUUGCACCUACAUUCUUAUGAAGAGUCCCAUAUUACCACACAAUGGAACCCUCAUGGCUGUAUAUGAAAAGUCUGGCUAUUCCACUUCAGAGACAUCACUGACAGCUAUCAUUUAUAGGUCUGAAAAAGAUAAAAUUGUCAUUUCAAAAGAUGACGCUUUACGUGGUGAGGAUAGAUUGAAGUGGCUACCUUAUAGAACAGGAGACAUCACCAUCUUCAGACAAUCAUCUACUCAUAUUCAAAUGCACACCACUGUUGGGAUGGAAGUGAUGGUUGAAACUUCUCCAGUAUUUCAAGCUCAUGUUAAAGUUGAAUUUAACUUCCAAGGCAAAACCCAAGGGCUAUGUGGUAACUAUAACAGAGAAACCACAGAUGACUUCAUGACCAGUAUGGAUAUUAUUGAAGGAACAGCCCCACUCUUUGUGGAUUCUUGGAGAGCAGGGAAUUGCGACCCUGCCAUCGAAAGAGAUACAGAUCCUUGUUCUAUGAGUCAAUUGAAUAAAAUAUGUGCAGAGACCUACUGCUCCAUUCUUAGAAAGACGGGCACCAUAUUUGAGAAAUGUCAUUCUGUGGUGAAUCCUGCUCCCUUUUACAAGAGAUGUGUAUACCAAGCUUGUAACUAUGAAGAAACCUUUCCUUAUAUUUGUUCUGCCCUGGGAUCAUAUGCCCGUGCGUGUGCUUCAAUGGGACUGUUUCUUGGGGAUUGGCGGAGUACAGUCAGCAACUGCACCAUUUCUUGUACUGGAAAUCAGACAUUCAGCUACAACACUCAAGUCUGUGACCGGACAUGCCUGUCUCUUUCCAUGAGAGAAGUAGAGUGCCACCCCACUGACAUCCCUAUUGAUGGCUGCAAUUGUCCAAAAGGAACCUACCUGAACCACAAAAAUGAAUGUGUCCGUAAAUCCCAAUGCCCUUGUUACUUGAAUGACAGGCAGCUCAUUCAAGCAGAUCAGUCAACCAUCUUUGGUGGAGUUACCUGCUAUUGCAUUAACGGGAAUUUGAGUUGUACCGGCAAACGUGUAGACCCUGCAGAAAACUGCAGGUCUCCCAAAAAGUAUAUUUCAUGCUCAGAACCCUCAGAAAGCAAAUAUGGAGCUGCCUGUGCACCAACCUGCCAGAUGCUGGCCACUAGAACAGAAUGUGUCCCCAGCAAGUGUGAAUCAGGGUGUGUUUGUGCUGCUGGGCUAUAUGAGAAACUAGAUGGUACGUGUGUGCCCCCUGAUGAGUGCCCUUGUGAAUAUGGUGGCAUCUCAUAUGCAAAAGGAGAGGAGAUUCACACCGACUGCAAGACCUGCACCUGCACAAGAGGAAAAUGGAAGUGCAUCCAAAAUUACAAGUGCUCUUCAACAUGCAGCCUAUAUGGGGAAGGUCAUAUCACCACUUUUGAUGGACAGCGCUUUGUGUUUGAUGGCAACUGUGAAUAUGUACUGGCUAUGGAUGGUUGUGGCAUUGGCGGCUCUCCACAUACUUUUAAAAUAGUGACUGAGAAUGUUAUCUGUGGAAAUACUGGGGUCACAUGUUCCCGAGCAAUCAAGAUCUACCUUCAGAAUACGACUAUCACUUUGGAAGAUAAAACAUACACUAUCUCUGGUGGGAAUCCUCCAACAGACUUCUUCAUAGAACAGAACACCCUCCAUUUGAUUAUUGAGAUCACAAUCCCUGGCAAAUUUCAUAUGAACCUGCUCUGGAAUAGGCACAAGAACUUAUUCAUCAAGAUAUUCAGAGACACAAAGGAUCAUCUCUGUGGUUUAUGUGGUAAUUACAAUGGGAAUAUACAAGAUGAUUUUGAAACCCGAAGUAGAUAUGUGGCAUCCAGUGAACUGGAGUUUGCGAAUUCCUGGAAAGAGAAUCCCCUUUGUGGCGAUGUGAUGUUCAUAGCUGAUCCAUGUGGCAAGAAUCCCUAUCGCAAAGCAUGGGCAGAGAAGCAAUGCUCCAUUAUCAACAGUUACGUGUUUGCUGAAUGCCAUAGCAAGGUAUACCGGACGCCUUAUUAUGAAACUUGUGUCCAGGAUUCAUGUGGAUGUGACACUGGUGGUGACUGCGAAUGCAUGUGUGAUGCUAUUGCAACGUAUGCGAAAGCUUGCAUAGAUGUUGGCUUAUGCAUCGACUGGAGAAAACCAGACUUCUGUCCUGUCUACUGUGACUAUUUCAACAGCCAUUCGAACAGUGGCAUGGGGACCGCGUAUAAUCCUGCUGAUCUAUUUAAUUGCACCUGGCAUUAUCGCCCCUGUAAAUGUCUAAACAUGUCACAGCCAACCGAUGUCAACCCUGAAGGCUGUUACAACUGUUCAUGGAAUGAAUACUAUGAUCAUAAGUUGCAAGCCUGUGUUCCUUGUGGACCACAGUCAACAAGCACUCCAUCACCACUAACAACAGAUUUCCUUCUCUAUGGUUACCAUUCCGAAUCCUCUGCACAGCCCUUCAUUUGCUCAUUUUCCUCCUCCAGCAACCAGUACUCCAUCAAAGCCACCUCCCAGCAGCACACCAAAAACAACAGUGACUACUUCACUCUCCACAAUGUCGAGAACAACUAA